GUCCCUGAGCUGGCUGCUGUAGGAUCCGGCCACCCAGGGACCCCCCCAGAGGUAGCAGUACGUGGGGAAGGCAGUCCUGGCACGGAGGAGUUGCCCUUGGCCAGCAGGUAGGAGCCUGUGUGGGUGCAUGGCAGGGGGUGCUUGGGGAGGGGGCUGCCACAUUGGGGUGGGAGAGGGGCUGUGGGGAGUGCUGGGGGUCCCCCCUUUGCUUCCUGGGGUAGGGUGGGCGAUGGUUUUUGCAUUGGGGUAUGGAAAAGUUGGUUUUGGAACAUCUACCUGAGCGGUGAUCCCCCCCAUGCCUGCAGUGUGUUGGGUAGAAAAAUCCCCAAGCCCACCAGAGCAGCCCAGUCCCCCAAAUUUAGGGGCGCUGGUGGGCUCUGGGCUGCCCUCCCUGGUCUUCUGGGUUUUGGGGGCACCCUGUCAUGGCUGGAUCUGUAGGGGCUGGGCUGGGCUGGGCUUGGCUCUCCUGCAUCCUCCUGUGGGGCUGGUGGGCUUCAUCCCAUGGGUAGCGGAGGCAAGCCCAGCACCAUGGGGGAUUUUCUCCCUGUGGAGGGGUCUGUGGGACCCCAGCUGGGCUGGGGCAGCUCGUUGUUCCCUGAGAGGCAGCUGGUGUAAAUCCUUGCUCGUGGAGCACCUGCCUUCAUCGUGUGCCCUCAGCUGUGCAAAUGGGGGGGAAUGACGCUGAGGGUUACCGAGCUCUUGUAGGAUCCUCUUGCUGCGCUUUCCUCCUCUGCAAAAUGGAAACUAAUCACAGCCCUGUCCAGAGGGGGCUGAUAAAGGCAGCGGGUUUGGGUGGUGUUUUGCUGUGGGAUUGCAUCUUUCUCUCUUCCCCCAGUCUCCUUCCUUUGCAGACCCUCCUGGCCGCAGGUCGCCCUUCCCAAGGCUGUGCUGCAGCUGCGGGAGGUGAUGCGCUGGAGCAGGGCUGGCUCGUGGGGAAAAAUUGUGCUGAGAUUCUCGCUGCUUUCGUGUCUGGAUUAUGGUUUGCUCCCACUCAGAGGGACCAAAGGCUCUGUCCCUGCUGGUGUUGGUGCCCGUGGGCUGAGCCCCGGCUCUGCAGGGAAGCAGCGAGUGCUGCUGCUGCUGGCCCGUGCAGUGCUUGUGCCUUACCCAGCUCACGUUUGCUGCUCUCUGGACCACCUCCAGCUGUAAAACUCCAGCCCCGGUGGUCCAGGCUGAGAGCCUGGAUCGCUUGUCUGCCGGCUGCUGCGGGGUGGCUCGGGCAGCGUGCACGGUGCCAGCCACAAAACAUUGUCCUGGCAAGUGUCCUCUGCCUCGAGCUCCUGCUCCCCAUCCUGCCUUGGCUCGGAAAGCAGCGUGGCCUCGGGACGCUGCCUGGCACUGGCCCUCCUUGUUUUAAUUAUCCUGUGGCCCCGGUGGCCAAAGGUUGUGGCUUUAACCAAAGGGUCAGGUGGACUUUGCAGGGCUCUGCGUGCAGUGGUGCUGCAUUUAUUGGGGUGCUGCAUCCUCGGGGCUGUUUGGGUGCCGUGGGACACCCUGGUGCAGGAGAUGCUGCUGCUGGCUCCCAGAGAAGUGCCCUCUGCUGUAGCUGCCUGCGAAGCCUCGUGGCACCAAGAAAACCCAAGAGCACAGUAGGAGCCUCUGGGAGACGACAACGUAAAUAAGAUUCCACUCUGGGUAAUUAAUACCAGGCUGUAAAACACAGCCCCGAUCCUCUGGCUGGCUGCUGGGCACUCUGUUGCUGCUGGCGAGGCCGGCGGCGGCUGCCUGCUGCCUCUCCUCCCGGCUGGCUCUGCUGGCAGCAGACACGGUGGCUUUAAUCCUGGAGCCGGGACGGGUUGUGUGCUGCAAGAGCUGUGCAGCUCCUGUUUGGCCUGGGAACUCCAAAAUCUGCCAGGGAUGGAGUCUGGCUGCUACCUGUCUCGGCACAGGACCGUGAGCUCUGCUCUUCUGGAAGAGGGGAGCGAGUCCCAUCCGUUUUCUGGCCCCGCAGCAGCAAGCUGGGGCAGGAUGGGGUUGUUCAGUGCUUGCCUCUCCCAGGAAAAUCACUCUGUCCUGUCCGACAUCCCCAGCACCUGAUCUCUGAUGGGGUUUGCACGCCCUUCCCAUGGGAAAAGCCCCCGAGGACCCUGCUGCUGGAGGGGCCGUUUGGUCUGCAACCACCUCGGCUAAACCUAAUUGCAGCUUGCACCUGGCCAUUAAAGGGCGAGUGCCAUCGCUGCCCCAAAGGGAAGGAGGACGGGCCCAGGGCUGCCUGGAGGGCUGGAGCCCAGCGUUUCCCCUGCCUGCUGCUGGUCCUGGGGGAGCCGUGGGGCUGAGCAGGACGCAGCUGCCCCGCGGGUGUCCCGGUGCCAGCGCCCGUCCACGCUGCCGCGGGCUCCAGCAGCAAACCUGGCUGCCCGCGGCUCUCAGCUGCAGAGUAAACAAGCUGGCAAGAGAAACCAUUUUGCUUCAGCUACCAGGAGAAACCCUUUUUAGGUAGCACUUCCAACUGGCAACGCUCUCCUCUGUUAACCCCCUCCUUCCUUCCCUUCCCACCGAAGCCCGAAAGUUGUUGCAGCGGUUGGGGAGGGGAGCGGGCUGCCUGGCGUGGCUUUGCCACCCCGAGCAAGGAACGCAGACGUGAAUUUACUGCUUGAUCUUGUAAUUUCAGCGCAAUUAGACUAGCUGCUACAGAGCAAUUUCCCCCUAAGCCUCGGUCUCAGGCCCGGGCACUGCCGAGCCGCUCGCAGACGAGGAAGCGUUGGCUGAACCACGGGUUUUUUUGGGCGCACCUGGAACCUGCCUCCCCGGAGACGCGUCUGCGAGCUGGAGCUGCGGGUGCCUGGCAUGUCUGAAAAGGAGCCUGCUUUUCAGGCUCGCUUAUUACGAGUCAGGCACCCAAAGCGAGUGGGAAAACAAGCCAGAACAAGGGCGCAGGCUGAGCUCUGGGUGCUGGGCUGCCCUCUCCAUCCCCUGCGCCAAGCGGGAGCAACGCAGCCUGGUGGCACCGCAGCGUGGGGCUCGCGGGGGCUGCAGCACGCAGGACACGGGGCACGUUGGCUCCAGAAGCCACCAGCCCUCGGUGGCAGUGUGUCUGUCUGUGUUUAUUGGGCAUGCUGGCACCUCAGCAUGAUAUCUGUUAGCUCUUCCUUGCAACUGUGGUCCCAUCAGCAAGACAGCCUUACCCAGGGUCACAUACCCUGGUUAAAAUCUUGCCGAAAAUGGGGUGGAAGUCGUACCGUGGACGAUUUAAAUUAAGUAUUCUCCCCCCUUGCUUUUAGCCAGGAGCUGUGUAACGCCUCCUGAGCACCGCUGCAGCACGGGGCUUGGGAGAAGCGCUCAGCACUUUGAUCCGAUCCGUCCCAGCCCAACUUCACUGACUCAUUUCCUCCGUUUGUGCGGCACCCUGGUGCUGUGCAUGCUGUGCAGGGCAUGGGAGGAACCUGCGAGCUCCCACGGCGUUGGUUUUAUGGCAUCUCCCGUGCAUCCUUUUCCUGCUGGCUCGCUGUCCCCACAGCUCAGGCUGCGUUAGCAGCUCCGUUCCUUGCUAGGGAGAAAAGGAGCUGUCGGUGUGAGCAGAGCUGUGGGUGUUCCUGGGGAGCCUGCAGCACCCCAGCUGGUCCCUGCGUGGUUUGCUUGGCUCUCCUGGCACCCAGAGCCGCUGGGGUGAUGCUCUGCAGGGGUGGCAUCGCGGUGCUCCUGCUGCAGGUGCUUCCCCAGCUCUCCGGUGAGCCCACGGUGCUGUGCUGGUCUCUGCUGGUGCCUCGUCUCCUUGUUCCUGGUGUUUGGAGGACAUGGGUUCCCUGCGGAACCACUGCAGGGUGGGAAAGCCAUGAGAUAAACUGGGUGCUGCAGGUUUAGGAGCUGCCUUUUUGGGGAAGGGGGGGGUGAAGCUUGGUGUCCAAGCCCUCCAGCGAGCACCUCAGACUGGGUUCUUCCCUGGACCCAGGGGUGAAAAUCUGGGGUGCUGCUGUCCAUGCCCUCAGAGUUGUUUGCUGCAUUUGAGACUGGGUCCCCGGCGUUUUGCUGGAGGCUAUGGGCAGGAGCACGGGGUCUGCAGAGAAAGCAAAGGGGGCUCAGUGCAGGGCUGGGGAGGGGCUCUUGGCAUCCUGGAGCUGCUCGAGGAACUCGCUGCUGCCCUCGGAGCAUCGCUUCCAGGAGGGUUGGGGUGCCCCAGGCAGCCAGGGCUGUGGUACCUGAGAGCAACCUCAUUUAAUUGCUGAGCACAGCCCCUACCCCAGCUGAAAAGCCCAUAAAAAUUGGAGCCACGGCUCGGAUGGGGUCUGGAGGCUGUGACGGCACGCGGGACCCGCCUGCUCCCCUGGAUCUGGGCACAGCGGGGGUCCCGUCUUUUGGGGGAGUGCCCCAAAAUGUGUGCAGCCGGAUGAUGUGGGGCUCCUGGGUGGUGAAGCAGCAUGGAAAUGCCAACUUUUCCCCACGCAGCCCUUGCAGCUGGGGAGCAGCGUGGCCUUGCCAUGGCCACGGAUGGAUGGACGGACGGACGGAUGGAUGGAUGGAUGGCCAGAGGACUACAAUCCCCGGCAGGGAGCGAAGUGCCGGGGGGAUGCCGGGACUGGUAGUCCCCAGACCCGCUGUGGGGUCCCCGCUGUCACCAGUGGCUGGGGCGGGGGACCCGGAGGGGAUGUACAGGCUCGGGGAGGAGCCAGCGCCUUCACCCACUUUGUUGUUAAAUACCUUAAAGGAGCAGUGGCUGCGCCCGAGCGAGCUCCCUAGCGGAGCCAUGCAAGCCAGGCCGUGGGCUUUUUAAAGAUAAAAAUCACUCGCGUGGCCUUUGGGAUGAGCGGGCGCCGUAACUCCUUCGGCGCCUGGGCACCACCGCUGGCCUCACCAUUGGGCUGCUCCCGCAUCCCCUCGGAGCAUCCUCCUCCGAGCAUCUUCUGAUGCUCCCAGGGCUCAGAAAAAUCAGUGCCGAGGCCGUUUCCUCGCAGGGAACGUCUCCGCUCGGCAGCCCUGCGGAUAAAAAGCUCUGCGGAGAGGCACCGUGGGCAGCCGUGCGCAUUUCUGGUGGCGCAGCGGUGACCUGGGGAUUUUUGCCCCCCCCCGGCGUAAGGCCCACGGUGCCUCCAGCCAGUCCGGCCCUGGCGUGUGCCCAGCCAGACACCCACAUGAAAGCCGCCGCCGUGGCUCGCCUGGCUCCUGGCCAGCGGCUACCUCCAGGCAGCUCGCGAGGUCCUAGGGGGGAGCCGAGAGCGAGGCACCCACCCCUGGAGGGCGAGGGAUGAGGGGCGAGGGCUGGGGUUGGCACUGGGGUGCGGACCCCGUGGUGGGAUGGGGUUGUGUCGUGAGAUGCUCGCAGCCCAGGCUUUCUCUCCUGGGGUGCUGGGGGGGUGUUUGCUUGCUGAGGGGCUGCGUUAGCUCCUUUUUCCUUCCCGGGUGCAGGUUUGGAGGCAGCGUUGGGCACGUCGGGUCCUGUCUGAGCCCAGGCUCCAGCUGGAUUUGCUGGGAGCUCAGGCUCGUGUCCGUGCUGCUUCCAGCCCGCGUUGGCCCUGCUGUAGCUGGGAAUUUGAGUUGCCUGGGUGAAAUCCUCAUCAGGAGCAGACGAAAUCUUCCCCUGGGGUGCAGAGAGCUCCUGCUGCGUGGCUGGCGUUGCUGGGAGCAGAUGGGCUGAAGCUCUCCGGAGCUGCAGAGGGUACCCGUGGUGCCAGGACCCGGCUGCCGGAUCGCCACCCGUGCAGCUGAGAUCUCUUGGGCAUACUGAGGGUGGGGAAAAAGAGAUCUGGGCUGCUGCAGAACCUGCAGCAGAGUGGGAGAAGCUGCUUGGGGAACCCACCUGCGAGGCUCCGAGCCCCGACACGGCUCGUGGGAGGGCACCACGGGCUGCACGGCGACCUGCUGGAGCCAUACGGUGGGGGAGAGCACGGAAAGCUCCCCUGCAGGCACCUGUCUAGCUCUGCUGCUCCUUCCUUCUUGCUUUUCACCCCUUGCCUGCUGCUCGGGAGCCUCGGACCGGCCGCCUAAUGCGUUGCGAUGGCUGCGUGGCAGCAGGUGCCUUGGAGGAGCCCCGUGCCGAGGUGCGCACCCCGAGCUGAUUGCUUCUGACACAGCCCCUGCGCCCUGCUCCCCAAUGGAGCCCAGCCCCGUCUUGAUGCAAAAGGCCCAAAGGGUGAAAUGCAGCCCCCGGGGGAGGCAGCAGGAGCUGGGGUUUGGGGUCCUGGAGGUGAAGCUCUUAGCAAACGGCUCCCGGUGCGUGCCUGCCCCAGCACACCGCCGUUCCCAAGGCUUUAGGGUUUUUUUUCCCACUCUGGGAAGGGCAGAAAAGGAACGUGGAUAACACCGCUGGGCUAGCGUUGCUGGAGGAGUUAGGAGCCACCCGUAGGAUGCUCAAUUUUUCCCUUAUCCCCCUGCACAUGGAGUUAAUUGCAGUUCCAACCCACACACCGAGCUGUCCUGCCGCAGCCAAGCGGUUGCUCUGGGACUCAACCUCUCCUCGGGGGUCUCGUCCUCCCGAGGGGACAACGUCUUUCCCAGGGUUGUUUGUGUUGGGUCUGAGGAGCUCAGGGCUCAAGUUGAGCACGUUGCCAGGACUCCGUGGGUAUCUCUCGAAGGUAAGACUCGUCAGGCUUAAGAAAGGAUGAAAUUUUUUUAAUGGGUGUUCAGCAGCCACCGUGGAGAUGCUUUAAGGGCAUAAAUUUUUUAAGAGCGUAAUGGAUGUUAAGCUCUCAAAAAUAAAUCCUGAGUCUCUCUCUAGCUUGGGUUUCCCAAGGUAUUGGUGGCUAGCUUGGAAUGAGAGAGCAAGAUGAAUGAAAUAAAAGGCUUUUAGAGGGUGCAGAGCACCAGCGUGGAGCUCCUGCUUCCCUUGUGUGCCUGAGCUUCUGCUCGGUGCUUUGGGAUGCCGAGGGUCAGUCCCAGGUGGAUGUUUUGAGAACCCACACUGGGGAGCAGAGUUAAGGGCUUUUCUCCCUGCUGCUGAGCUGUGCAGAGCGAGCAGUGCCGGGCUCUAAAGCUUCCCACCCAGAAGAUUUCAUUGAUGGUGACCAGAGGCUGGUGAGGUGCAGAGAGCAGGACCCAGGUGUGCGAGGUGGGCUCACGGCUUUGUCCCUGCCAGCAGCAGGACCUGCAUGGAGCAGCUCUGCCCAAACCAUUGUGGGGAGCUGGUGACGGAGCUGGGAAGCACCAGGAACCUCCUCUUCCAUCCAACCUUUCUCAGGACAGCCCCGUGCAGGGUUUUCCUCCCUGGCCGUUGCUGCCAGGAGCCGGGGCAGCAGGAGGGAGGCUUCUCCUCUGGCUGCAGCCAAGGGUGCCGGGCACCUGACAGCCCCAGACUUGUUCAGUGUUCGCUGCUUUCUUCCCUCACCACAGCAGGGAAGAGAAUGGAAACUCUGUGAGCUCCCUGCUUGUCUCCUCCUGCCCAGGGAAGCAGGAGCAGCCCCGAUCCCGUGCGCAGCCCUGGGAGGCUGCGGGUGGGUGCAGGCGCUGGCACCCCGCAGCGCUGCGCCCUCGCGCUGCUCUUGCCAGCUCCCCUCCCAGGGCUGGCUGGAAAGCCUCCUGCCUUCCCCCUGAGGUCAGCUCGUACCUGCCAAGGGCUUGGCCCCGUUUUUAUGGAGCUGUUCCAUGAGCUGUGCCCCGUGAAUGCCCUCCCUCGGGCUGCGGUACCGGUAUUUGGUGCUGAGCACUGCUGGUGCCUUCGGUGCGCCGGUGAAAACAGGGCUGUGAGCGACUCGUGCCAGGUCUGUCUGGUCCUUGCCCGCGUUUUGGGGCAGGUGCUGACCUGCUUUGAGGUGACAGGUCCUGAAAUCUCAUUUUGCAGGUGCCUUGUUGGCAGGAAGAAGCAGGAAAAGCGGAAAUACUGGGGGAAGAUUUAGGGGAAAAUAGCUGCUGGAAGCAUGGGUUGGUGCAGAAAUGUUAUAAUGCGUUUCUCUAGUUCAGCCUAGCCCUGCGUGCCAGUACGGGUGGUGAUCCUCACAUAAUCACGACAGUUGGACAAUCACAUUUUUCUGAUGGUGGAAAACCUGUGCCCUUGCUUGGGAACAUCCCUCAGGGAAAGCGUCCUUGGGCGAUGGAGCACCAGGGAGCCCUGGAGUAGGAGCUGCAUCCCUCCAGUGCUGAUAGCGGAGGUUUUUUGGUGACUGAGUGUUUUGUUCUUUGUUGGUGGGAUGCGUGUGGGACGUGGUCACUCCUGCCUGCCCAGCGGGUGGCUGUUUAUGGGGUCCGACUGCCUGCGUUCACCCCCAAGGCAGCUCUGGAUGCUGUGCCCCCAUCGCUCCCGUCCCCUGGGAGGACAUCACAGCUAACCCGAAGGACAAAAAGCUCCGUCCUGAAAGCCGUGAGGAUCGAGGCUCUCGCUUUGUGGUUUUGAGGAGCAGCAGCUUGUGGUUUGUGUCCUCUGGAUGGGAAACGAAGGGCCCACGUUGCCUUUAUUCUUCUUACCCAACACAAAUGUGCUGAUCCUUCGGGAUCCCCGCUGCUGCCUCUUGGGGGGACGAGAGGAUGGAAGGAAGGAGCAGGGGUCUCUGUGCCUUGGCACAGCUGCACCGGGGUCUCCGCAGCUCCGAGGCAUUGCAGCUCAUCCCCAGAUGGAGGACAGAGCCCUGGGGGUGUUGGCCGUCUGCUGCUUUGCUCCCCCAAAUUACCUGCAGGCUGUUUUGCGCUGCCGCUAUCCCCCAAAUGGCACCGAGAGCCGCGCUCCCCCCCCCUGUUACCCCCGAAGGUGGGUGCAGAUGACUCCCCUCCUGACAUGUGCGUGAUCUGGGCGUCUCUUCCCGGGCAGCUGGCGGGUUAUUUUUGGUCCUGGAGCAGCCCAGAUCUAGUUUCUGCCGGGGUGAGUCCCUGCCCAGCGCCGUGCUCACAUCCCCGGUGUGGGUGGGGGCGCGGAGCCCCGGCUGCCUUCGUCCCCACGGGGCUGCUCCGGUGCUCGCCCGUGCAGGGCUGGGUUGGCAUCUCCCUGGGAUGGCUGGGGACAAGGGGACCUUGGCCAGGUCUGCGGGGACUCACCUGGGUGUUAUCUGCUCGGGAAACCCAAUCUCCGGGCCCCUCUGGGCGUGAAGGGACGGGCAGGAGCAGCUGGUGCCGUGGCAGGGCUUGGAAAUCCAAGCCAGCGCCUCGUCACGUGCGUCCCCCUUUGGCUCGCAGGCUUGGGGGGUGGCAGCCCCCUUCCCUCAGCUCCUGGCCUCCUGCCCGCAGUGGAAAACCCUGCGGAGGGGUUGCUGGGGGGCUGCUGGGGGCCUCCUGGGCUGGGUUUGUCCACCCACGGAGCGGUGCCUUGUCCCACGGCAGCGGGUGCUGCGCAAAGCAUCCUUCACCCCAUCAGCCUGUUGGGGUGCUAAUGGGGUCCUGCCUACCUGGAGGGACAGCAGAUGGCAAAUGCAAUCAGAAAGGGCUUUUUUCCUGGUUAUACACAUCUGCUGAAGCCUGGCUGGGCACCCGAUGGAGAGGACAGGACCAGGGUUUGUGUCUUUGCAAGGUGACGGCUGGCGGAGGCGCUGAGGGUCACUCUGGGUGUCAGCACUGCCCUGGGUGUCAGGGGAGGCUGCGACGCCCCCCAUCCCGCACUCCCAAGCCUCCCUAGCACGGCUACCAAGCAGGGACAGCUUUUCCUUGCUGAAAACUGUGCCCUUUCCUCCGGGGAGGGAGCAGCGCCGCAGCCUCCCACGCUGCUGCUCGUUGCCUUUCAGCAGAAAGCCGCCCGGGUAACCCUGGUGUUUCUCUCCACUCCUGGCAGGGAGCGAAUCUCUCUCCUACCUCGAAACGUGGGCUCGUGGUGUGAGCACAGGGUUUUUUUUUUUGUCUCCCCAGCUCCGAGCAGCCCCGUUCUCCUCGCUGUAUGGGUUUCUGGACCUGGCUCCCAACCCUGCUGCUUUGGCUCCUGGCAGCUCCUCUGCAGCAGGAGCUCAUCUCCCCGCGAGGGUCUCAAACGCCACCAAACCCAGACCCAAAGCAGCUCUGAAUAGGCUUGAGCAUCCUAUUCAGGAGGACAAUAGGAAAUCAAACAGAUGCCACCUCUCCUCCGGCUGUCUGUGUGCCCGCUUGUCUUUGUUGCAGGUGAAUUUGGGGAAAGAAAACACCGUUUUGUUGUGACAGCACCGGGGCUGAGCUGCCCUGCUCUGCUACCUGGCAGCCAGGGGAGGCGAAGGAGGUGUCGGUGGGGCUGCUGCCCGUGGGCUGGGGGCUCUGCUGCCCUGCGGUGGGCUCCGGGGUGUGCAGAGAGCACUGGGCUCUGCGUGGCACGGUGGGUUUGGGGCGGAUGGCUUGGUUUAGCUGUUCCUAUGGAUGGAAACGCUUGGAGAGGGCGAGCUGCCGAGAUGUCUCGUGGGGCGGGUGGCAGCGCUGCCUCGUGCCACUGCUGCUGCUCUGGGGACAGUGCUGCCGAGCAGGGAGAGGGCAGGGGCUUUCCUCCCCCUCCUGCCAAGCUCCUUUCCUGCAGCUCUGCCCGUUGGGGUGGGCUUGCUGGCAGGGGGCUGAACGCUGACCCUACAAAUCCAGGAGCUGGGCUUCGUGUCCUGACCCUCCUCUCACUUUGGGCUCACCCAAAGCACCCAGACCAAGCUGUGGGUGGAUGGAUGGAUGGGCAAAACGAUGUCUUCUGCUGGAAGGGACUCGGGCUGGGGAGGCAGUGGGCAUUGCUGUGCCCUCCAGGAGCACCCAGGGGUGGCCCAGCACACGGGGUGCCCUGCUGUGGGUGCUGGCAGGAGCCUGCGGUUGGGCUGAGCCCCGGCCAGGAGCGCGAUGCAAAAGCUGCCUUCCCUUUUGAAGUCUGACACCCGGGAUUUUCCCCACCCACUAGGAGGACUGAAGGCAGGGAAAAGAAAAAGACAGUAAAACAAAAUAAAAGAAAAAAGAGGAAAAAAAAGGAAAAAAAGCUUUUUUUUUUAAGCUGCUGGUGAGGGCACGCCAGGGAGGCAGAGGCUGGAAGGGGCUGGGGAGCGCCCUGUGCGUGUCUGGCCGGCUCUGACUCAGCCCCACGUGCAGGUACAACCCCGCUGCCUCCUGCUUUGGGGCUCAGCCUCGCUCAUGAGGUGAAACCCAGAGGGGUUUGCAGGGACAGGAGGGAAGCACGGAAAAGGGAGCAGCCCCUGCAGCUCGCUGCCGGCCGCUUGGUGCGCGGUGGCCCCAAAUUGUCCCCUCCUGGAGGUGUCCCCUCCAUCCCCAGAUGUGUCCCCCUGGGAAGGGCUCGACUUUGGGUGGAAUUGGAGGCAGGAUCCAGCCCUAAUGAUGGAGGGGCUGUGGGAUGAGGCUGCCUGGAAGAACAAAGCCUCGCUCUGCCCGCCAGCCGGGUACCCCAGGGGCAGGCAGGGUGUGCAGCCUCGCCGCGGAGGUAGGACGGGAAGGUUUCCUGGUCCUGCCCGUCUGGUUCAGCGCUGGAUGAGGCUUGGGCGAGCCAAAAGGCAGCUGGAUGCGGGAUGUGAGGCUUGGGCUUGUUUAAAACUUCUGAGCCUUGAAGCUGAAAAGCUGGGACUUGGGCCCAGGUUCGUUGGAUAGACCCCAUCGGCUGGGGAUGGGGAUGUGAGGUUGGAUGUGGUUCUGGAUGUGUGCUGGGGGCUGGUGCAGCCCCGAGGGGCACUGGUGGAGGUGUCAGCCUGUCCCUCGCCUCCACCCAGCCGUGGGGCCUGGCUUUAGACUGUAGCUUUGAUGUCAGAGCUUUGGAGGGGUUAAUCUGGCAUGUGGCAUCCCCAAAUCCUGCCGUGACUCGUACUCCUAGGGUACGGCGUGUCCUCAUCUCUCUGGGGAGAAAAUGAUGUGUGGCUGAGCCUGGUGGGUCCUGCUGGGCACCUUCAGAGCCCAGAGCAUCCGUGUGACAUGGUGCUUGGUGCUGUGAGAAGAGGCACAAAGUGAAGUUUGGUAUCAUGAUCACAGGACCUCCUCUGAAACGCAUCUGUGGAGCUUUCCCUGGUGGGGAGGCUCCAGCUCCCCUCACAAGCAUCUGCCAAGGUGUGGGAGCAAUUCCCAGUCCAGCCCAGUUUGGGAAGGUGGUGGGGUCGUUCCUUGCUCUCGCCCAGAUCCUGGAGGAGGUGGGACGAUGUCCCCGAGCAGUGUUGGUCCUGAGGUGGUGCAGGAUUUGGAGCAGAAAGCUGCUGUUGUGUUCCCUCCCCAAAACAGGAGCGUCGGGGACAUCCUUAAAAGGGGGAUCCUUAAAAUCCAGCCUGCUUUAGGGCGUCCCCUCCAUUUCUCUGGGGGAUGCUAAAUCCUCCUCUGUUCCCUCCUGACAUCCUGAGCACCUCGACUUCUUGCAGCUGGGCCCUACCUGGAGUUAAUCCCAACGAGGAAAACCUCCCCCUGGAGCCCCCAGCUGUGUGCGCACAGCUCUCCGUGUGCGGCACGGAGGGGAGCAGCCUCUGCUCGCCCCAGGGGUCAUCCCAAGCUGGGAGUGGGCUGCAUUGGGGUUCUCCUCCUCCUGCAGCUGGGCUGAGGGGAAGGAAGGAGGCAGCUGCUUGCGUGAUUGUUCCUAGAAAUGACCUGUGAAAGGAGCAGGAAGGCGGUGGCACGGAGGAGGGCACCUUCACGGGGCACCCUGUGCCACCUGCACCCACCCCAUCGCCUCCUCCUGCUGCAGCCUCCGCGCUCAGCACCCCUCGAAUUUCCCCUCCCUCUCCCCGUGCUGCGUGGCUGAAGGUUUUGCAGUAAAACCCCAAAAAGCCUCGUCCUUGAACCUCUCUCCUCCUGCCAGCCUCCCUGAUCGGACCUGCGCUUCUGCCCGGAGCCAGCCUGGGGGGACGCAGCUGGUGGCACGAGGCUCUCCUGCCCGCAGCCUUUUUCCCUUCGUGCUUUCAGCCGUGCCUCCAAAGGCUCUGAGCUCCUCGUUACCAAAGUGCGGGCUCCGACUUUUAACGAGCCACCCGUGGGAGAGCCGGGACUGGGAGAGCCGGAGCGCCGUCCCGCUGAACCGAGACAGAGGCUGACAACAGGCACCGCUGCCUGGAAACGGUGGGCAAAGGCUUUAUUGACCACUGGAGGUCACUUUUUCAAUAAUGCAGUACAAUCCAACUUUAUUUUGUCAGUACCUUUCAUGCCGCCUGCUCCCGAGCUGCUCAGCGGAUCCGGUGCAAAGGGAGGGGGGAAGAAACGUUAUUAUUAUUUUUUUUUUUUUAGAGCUGGGGAGCUGGAGGCUGCUCGGCAGCACGGAGCGAGGAGAAAAAGGCUCCUGUGCCCCAGCCAAGGGGCAGGGGAAGGGAAGAGCAGGAAAACGAAGCAGCCUGGAUGCUGCUCCCCUGUGCCACAGAGGCACCUGCAGGCUCCUCGUAGGCAAACGAGGGUGUUUGGCCCCGGGGUGGCUGGAGUCCUCCUGGCUCUUCCAGGCAUCGAGAACGGGAUGGGAAGUGACCGCUUGUGAUCUUGGCUGCUGAUGCUGGAGGCAGCAAAGGGAACCUCUCCUGGCCCCGAGGCAGGAGCUCUGCUUCCCUGUGCCGCCCCCAGCCCUGCUGGGACGUCGUUGGAGGGGAGCUCUGAGCCCCACUUUUAUUGUCACCCACCCUACGGCGUUCUGGGAUCAGGCAGGCUCCAAGGCUCAGCAAUAACUCGACCCUCGUGGUUGUCCUCCCGCAGCUUCAGAUGGGUUUUGUAAGGGUCUAAACCGGGAACCCAUUCCCCUGGGGUGCAAGGGCUGGGAUCCCACGUCCCCUUUGGCUCCGGAAUACUCCAGGUUCCCAGAACUGUUCCUCCUCUCGUUUACACAGCGCGGAGCAGCCUCUGCUUUGCGCUUCCCUUCGCUGCCUUGUCCUUCAGCCCGGGUCCCGCGGCGCCAAGCACUGACGUGUCCGCUACCAUGGGCAGCUCUGCUCCUGAAUGAGCCGAAGAAAAAUAAAUAGCAUCUCAAAUUGCAGCUUGCGUGCAACGGGCCAGGUCCCUGCGCUCUCCCCGGCGCUCCGGCUCGAGGUGGCAACUUCUGACCUGGGUCUGCAGUGAGAGUAAGGGGCUGACUGGGCCCAGGAACGGUUUGGGAUAGACCCAAUUUAAUCCCCCGGUGCUUUCCCUUUCCACCUGAUAUUAAAUCCUGCUCCAACUCUCCUGGGAGAGCCGCCGACACAGCUCCCCGGUGUCUCGGCGGUGCUUUGAGAUCCUCGGAUGCGAGCGGUUCGGGAAGCUUUUAACGGCGCUUAACUCCCUUGGGGAUGGAAGUCCAAAGCGAGGGGAAAUUAUUCACCAUUGUUAAGGAAAAAAAACCCACAUUGGUGCGUUGGGUUAAACCCCGCGUCGUGCCCUCUAAUUACGCAGCGGUGGCCCGGGCUGGCGGAGCGCUUGGUGCCGCCGGGGUGGUUGUGCUCGGCUGGAGGGAGCCGGACCCCGAUGAGAUCAAGGGGCCUUUGAUUUGGACGGGUACUGAACCAGGCGCCGCGAUAUCAAACGGGCUAAUCAGAUAACAACCUCAGGUCGCCUGGCACGGAUUCGCGGCCCCGAGUUGGGGCUGGCUGCGCAAAUUGGGCAGCCAGCUGGGGAGGCUGCGUGAGCCGGCGCGCCGGCGGCUCGUUCCUAAUGAAAUGGGAUGUCCAGUAACGGGCUGGGGUAGGGUGGGUGGGUGUCUGGGAUGUGGUGGGGGUCGGGCAACCUCCCUCUGGGUUUGGGGGAUGUGGUGGGGGUCUGUGACCCUCUCCCACCUUGUUCCUGCGGCUGGGGGCUAACACAGGGCUGCCCGCACGGGCUGGUGUGCAGGAGGAGAUACAGAGGGGGAACAAUUCAAUUGGUUGGGGUGAUCCCAAAUCCUUUGUUUGAAGGCUUCUCCAGGCUUUCUCCAUGAUUUUUUUUUUUAUUAUUUUUUUUCAUUGCAGCCCUUGGUGUAGCAAGCUGGCACCUGAAGUUAUUUUUUUUCCUGCUGUCUUCUAAACGGGGAGAUUGGGCACAGCAAGAGGCGUGCUGUAAAGGGAAGGCAGUGCUCUUUACCCAUGCUCUCUCCUGCUCUUUACCCAUGGCUCGUUAGUGCUGGGGUCCUUGGGCUUUUGGUUUUAAUUUGGCAGCUCCUGGGAAAACGUCUGGUGGUGAGCAGCUCUGGGGGCAGGCGCGCCGUGGGUCUGCGGGGAUCGCUGGCGGGUCAGUGGGCUCUCUGGUGGGGGAGCAGCGUGGCCGGCCCCAAAACAGCCCCUCCAGUAAAUAUUUGGGGCCAGAGCUGCUGCUUUGAGGCACGGACAAGCAGGCUGGAGGUGCCUGUGGUGCGCAUUGGGUCUCACCUCGCUUCUGGCCUCAUAGGUGAGUGGUGUUGGAGGUGCUGCAGUUUGCACCCCAGCCUGGCCCCCCAUCGCGCCCCGCGGCUGCAGGAGCGCCGCCUGAGGUCUCCACCUGCCCCGAAAAGCUGGGCUGGAAGUGGGUCAGUAGGUUUACAACUUCUGGGGAGAUCCGGCGUGAUCCUAUCAGCCUCAUACCUUAAAGGAAGCUGGCUGGAGCCAAAUCUGAGGCAACAAUGAAAACUUGGACAGGAACAGAGAGGAGAGGCGGCGGGUUAGCAGAUGCAGAAAUCCCCCUGGGUCCUAUCAAGUGUUUUUGCCAGUGUUAAAUGCUGAGUAAAAUAUAGUGCCUGGGAGAUCAGAUCCCUGGGUAUUCCCUUUGGACGGGGAGACCCUGGGUUGAAUAUUUCUCGGGUGAAUCAUCUUCUGGAGCUAUCAGCGCAGAUCUGGCACGGGGCGCUCGCAGCGCCUCGCUGCUGGAUGUGACAUCGCGUGCAGGCUCUUUGGGUGAAACCACUCGAGGAAGGCACACAAAUGGCAUCACGGGGCUCUCUGCUGCUAAAGCUCGGUUCCCUGGGUGUUUGGAUUCAACAAUAGCAAACAAAACCCUUCUGGGAUGCCCGGAGCACCCAGAGCUUGAAGGGCAAGCAGAGGGGCUGCAGCAACAGCGGGCUCUGCUGCUGCUGUCUCCAGCAGCAAUUUGGGGACGUGGAGCUAUGGAGCCACAAAACCUCCUGAACUUGCAUCACGGGGCUCUUCCAGGUCUUAAGCAAGGACCUGGCUGUUCUGCUAGAUCCUCCCGUGCGAACUGAGGUGGGGCGAGUGGCAGAAUAAAAGAUACAAGAGGUCAAGACGGGAAGGAAGCAAUUGCUAAAUGACCUUCAGGAAUGAUGCCUGCAUGGCACAGGGAGGGGUCAGGCCAGAGGAGAGAAAUCCUACAAGGAAAGCUGGUGAGGGAGAGGAUCCAGUUAGGUUUGUGCUUGGCUUUUUCCUGGAAUCCAUCAAAGAAACUCUCCCAAAGAGGGGAACGGACACUGGGGGCGAGAAGAGCAUGGGAGCUGGGUGAAACUGCGCGCCCUUCAGUGCGUUGGGGUGAUGGGUUGUCUUCUCCCCCAAAUUUUGGACGUGCUGGGAGGAAGAGGUUCAUGCUGCCUCUCCCCCUGGUUUUGGGAGCCACGUGUCGGCUGUAGCUGGUUUGGGGACUGCUUGGCUGCUUUCUUCGUUUGGGCUCGAGGCGCAGGAGGCAAUCUGCGUGGCUAGCACGAGAAGCGCUCCCGCUACAUACGAAAAGCUGCGGAACUGCUGGGAGGGGGAGCGGGUUUGAAGUUGUAUCUCCUCCAAUAAAUCAGCGCAGCCUGGGCCUCCCCGCCCCCAUCGGUGCCUCGCGUGCGUGUGUGCGAGGGAAAAUCCAAAAAAAAAAUAAAAAAAAAAGGAGGACUUUGCUUUGCGCAUCCCCGCUCGGGUCGGCACAGCCUCGCACCAGGGCAGCAGUCGCUAAAACCCCGAUAACGCCGUCGGCAGCAGCUCGCCUGUGCCGGGUGCUGCUUCCCUGCUUCGAGUGCGAGCAGCAAGCUGUUCCUGCGCGUGGGCUCCGCUGCCAGGAGAGCUAUUCUCAUUCAGGAGAGAGAAAGGAGCUGUGCAGAAAGGAGGCACCUCUCGUGUCCAUGGGCAGCACCCGCCGGCACGCGGUGGCACCGCUGCGCACGGGGCUGGCUCGGGGAGGUCGGUGGUGGGCACGUGGGGUGUGCUGGGGUUGUACAGGGAGCCCCCCCCGGGCUAAAUCUACGUGAACAGCCCCCGGUGGGAUGCUGCACCACGACAUGGAGCAGGCACAGGGUGAGACGAGGUGCGACACGGCGCAGGAUGCGGCCCCUUGUAGCCGUGUGUUGGUGGUGGGAGCGAUGCCCCGCUGCUGCUCCCGAGGCAUUUUCACCCCCCUUCUGGACCGUAAAGAACAAUGGUUUAGGGGAGGUUGAGCUGCUUUUGGGGUUUCUUUAUUCUUUUUAUUUUUUAUUUUUUUUUUAUUUUUUUUCCUUGGGUGGUGUUUGAAGCUGGCUGAGGCUGCUUCACUCGCGCUGCGCACGGAAGGGAUUUUUUCAACCCUUUCCCUUGCAUCUUUCUCUGGGAAACUCCUGGGAGUUUAAAAAAAAAAAAAAAAAAGAAAUGUUGACGCUGACCUCUAGGAAAAUUUCAGCCCCUGGUGGAGGUGGCUGCGUGUCGAGCAGAGCCCUUGAAGCCACCGCCUGGGCGGAGGGUGCCGGAGCUGCUCAGCGCCGUAGCUCCAGGGCUCUGAUUUUCACUGGCGGGGUGCCGAGCCGCAGGAGGGCCGUCCCGUCCCCGAGCACCUCCCUGGGUGCCGGAUCUCCUGCCGAUCUGGGAUCUGCUCGAGUGUGUCAGCCUGGGCAGGGACCCAUUCCGGGUGUCUCGGAGGGAUUGCGUGCGUGUCCGGCCAUCCCUCGGCCCGCUUUGGGGAUGUUUUGGGGCCAGGAGAUGCCCAGGGGAGUGCUUUCACCCCUCCUGGGUUUGGCAGAAAGAAGCGAGACAAGGCCAGCUGGAUGGGGAAGAAGCAAGAUUUUACACCAUGUCUUUGGGGUGGGAGAAGAGACCUCAACUCCCAAGCGUCUCAUUUUGCUGUACUCCCACAUUUUACCCCCCCUAAAAAAAAUCCUUCCCGUGGAGAAAAGUCUGUCUCACCCCACGUCAUCCUCGGGGAGGGAGGGGACCCUGAGUAUGCUGGGGCGCAUCCCCCUCCUCUCCUUCAUCUGGGGGGGGCUGCAGGGGUGCCGGGUGCCCUGCUGGAGCCCCGUGCCCUGCGGGAUGUCGGGGAGCCAGGGGGGCCACCCUGGCCCCGUAGCGCAGCUCCCGGCCCCGAAAAAUGGGGCCAUUGAGGGCUUGGAGCCGGGGGCUGUGGAUAGGGAGGACAGCUGAGCCGGCUUGUUCCACCCCGAGGAGUCACAGCCCAAAAUAGGAGCCGGGUGGCUCCUUCGGAGGCUGGGCCUCUUUACGCAGAGGCCGCGGCUUGUUUGCACGUGGGGUUUUCGUGGGGUAUUUAUGGCCUGGAGCUGGGGGGUGGGUGGGAAGAAAUGAAGGAGGGGGCCGGGCAGUUGCGCGAACUCAUUUUUUGGUGUGUGCGCUUAAAAAGGUAGAAGCGUUGGUAUUUUUAACCCCCCCUAAUUUCUGGUAGGUUCUUACGCUUCCCUGCAAAAUGGGAGCUCUGCUGCUGUCGGUGCCGGAGCGAUGGGGACAAGGGAUGAGCUCAACAGCUGGUGGCCCCGAGGUGUCCCCGUUUUCUGUGUUUGCCUAUAUCCGUGUGCCAGCCUGGUCUCUCCAACGCGGUGUUGGAUCAGCUCCUUACCGAGCUGUGCCGCUCCAAAUCUCGCCCUCGGAGGUGCGUGUGCCUCCCCAGCACAGCCAGGGAUGGGAUUUGGCCUGGUUAUACCCACGGUGCAAAAAGGAGCGGAGGAUUUAUAGCUGAUUGCUGCCCCGGGUCCCCACCUCGCCUGCGGGGCAGACGGAGACAGCCGAGCACCAAAAUCCUCCCGAUUUCACCUCUCCCAUCUCCCCAUAAAAUGCACCGUCAGCUCCACGACCAGCCAGCAGCCAAAAAACCUCCUUCCAUCACCCCGAGCCUCGGGAGCAACCUGGGGAGGCUCCGGGGAGCUCAGCCUCCGCCGUCAGCCUCCUCCUGGCGCAUUGGCCGGCCCCAGGCAUGGUUUUGGAGGCGUUUUUUUUGGUGGAGCCCUGUCUGGUUUGGUUCCCUACCUGCCCGUGCAUGUGGCUGAGCAUCGCGUCGGGGUCCCCCCCAGCGGAGCCUGCGCGUUGGCUGCAGUUUCUAUGGUUACUGCAGCGCCCGGGGAAGAGCAGUUGGCUGGAUGCUGGGGCUGGCAGGACCCGCGUCUCCCUCCGGAUCCGCCAGAAAACUUGACAGGGAGCCGGUGCGUGCGGGAGCGCCGGAGCAGGACAAAGAGGGGAGGGAAAGCAAGGAGGGAAAACUCGGCUCCUGCAGGGUACCGGGGGUUGCCCCCCAACAGGUUCGCCUCCGAACAGGCUUCAGAAAGGGAUGGAAAGGGUGGAGAAACAAAAAAAAAAAAAAAAAAA